AUGCCCACGCGGGUCACUGAGAGAUGCGUUUCGGCUGGUACAAAUCAAUCGGCCAACUCGUUAGCAGUUUCUUGCGAUGGAGACUGGCUCGUUUAUGCCUCGGACCUUGAUCUUGUCAGUGUGGCUAUUAACCCUGGCGUCACGAGUAGGACGAUAGCGCCACGACGUCACACGGCGGCUAUCAAAGCUUUGGCAAGCAUCUUUUUAGAAUUCUUUGUAACUGGUGGCGCGGAUGGUCGCCUGGUGUUGUGGCGCUUGGGUGUGGAUGGAUUGACGCCAUCAUUUUCGGGAGUCGGUGUUGAAGGCAAAAAGGCGGUUGCCGGAAUAGUUGGCAGUAUUGCUGACGAUGAACAUGCCACUAUCCUCGGAACUUUUGUGUCUGGAGCCGAAUAUGCAAUCAAAGUGAUCACCGUCCAAGCAUCGACUGACCUCUUUUCGUUUGAAGGCUCGGAGACGCUGGUUCUUCCCGGGAAAGCUUUCGCCUUGGCCGUGGAUUUUGCUACGUUACAUGGGUGCGAACUGUUGGCCUUGGGGACGUCGAGCCGUACAAUCGAAGUGUUUACGAAGCAAGCGGAGUUCCGGUCUCACGCAUUAUUGGCGACAUCCGGGCAAGACAAUAUGAUCAAAAUAUGGCGGAUACAGAGGGAGUUGCCCACCGACGACGCUGAGGAGCUGACCGUUACGAAAAAUCGGUUCGAUUCGAUUUCUGCCGAUGGGGUCGUUGUUCCCUUUUAUCUGCAUGUGGACGCCGUGCUCUGUGGGCACGAGGAUUGGGUCCAUUCCGUUUCAUGGGAUCUCUCCGGAAAGCGGCUUGUAUCUGCAUCUAGUGACAAGACGGUAAUCGUUUGGACAGAAGAUGAGCUGAGUGGCGUAUGGACGGAUAUGGUUCGACUCGGGCUUGUGGGCGGUCAAGCCGCUGGUUUCUACGGAGCUCACUUUGUUGAAGGAGGCAUGGCGAUUGUUGCAUCGUCAUAUUAUGGAGCUCUUCAUGCCUGGAGGGCAGAUAAGGAGGAUGAAUAUCGCUGGGACGCGUUCGCCAUUCCUGGAGGGGGACAUCCGAGCCCGGUGCGAGACAUUGCCUGGGAGCCGAGCGCUGGCUCCUACUUGAUCUCCGUUGGAACUGACAAGACGACUCGGAUACAUGCUCCAUUGAAAGAUGGAGUUUGGACAGAAGUAGCUCGACCGCAAAUGCAUGGUCAUGAUAUGCAAUGCGUAGCGUCGCUGGGACCUACUCGUUUCGUCUCCGGUGCCGAGGAGAAGAUUUUUCGUGCCUUCAACGCCCCGGAAACGUUUGCCAACUCGCUGGAGGCGGUGUGUGGGGUUGAGAAGAAACAGCUCUUUGCCGGGCUUUCACUGUCCGGUUUCGGAGCCAGCGUCCCGGCCCUCGGCCUCUCCAAUAAAGCGGUCGACGAGGGCGAGGCCCCCGCAGAAGAUGAACGCGCCGGAGACGCGCAUUGGGAAGAAGCUGCCUUUGCCGCAAAUCCUGCCUCACUUACCGCGGCUCCCACCGAAGAUGUUUUGAUGCAAAACACGCUAUGGCCGGAGAUACACAAACUGUACGGGCACGGGUAUGAGGUGUACGCGGUGGCCGCAAGUCCUAGCGGCAAACUUUUGGCGACGGCUUGUAAAGCAUCUCAUGCCGAACACGCAGCAAUUCUAAUAUGGUCGACGGAAGACUGGAGUCAGCGAGGACAGGCGACGAAUGGACAUCAACUGACGGUCGCGCAGCUCGAGUGGAGCCCCUGCGGCACGCGAUUGCUUUCAGUCAGUCGUGACCGAACGGCUGUCAUCUACGGCGAGGCUGACGGCAAUGUUGACGGCUACAAAUGGUCGGCCAUCUGGCGGUCGACGAAAGAGCACUCGCGAAUCAUUUGGUCGUGCUGUUGGGCUGCGGAUUCCACGUAUUUCGCGACCGCCGGCCGCGAUCAAAAGGUGAUUGUCUGGCGUUUCGAUGGCAACACGCCGAGACCACUAAUCGCGAUGAAACUCGAACAAGCGGUGACGGCUAUCUCGAUUAGCCCGGAACGAGAGCUCGGCAAAUCGCACAUCGUGGCCGGGUUGCAAAAUGGGUGUUUACAGGUGUUCAGCAUCGAUCUAGGGCAAAAUCAACUUGUUUUGAUCGACGAGAUUGGAGCCAACGACUUGCCAGGCAUCGACUCGCCAAUAAAUCGGAUACGAUUCCGUCCCCCGCUUCCGGCAGCCGCAAGCCAUCUGUUCGCCGUCGCGGGCACCGAUUUCAAAGUGAGACUGUACGAAAUCGAGGGACAA